GGUACCGGUGGAACAUGAGUUGUGGUGGAUGUAGCAGAUGUGUGUUUGAUACUUCCAUCUACACGUAGUUUCCUUGACGCAUCAUAUACCGAAAUGGUUUUUACCUUAAGAAAAUGGUGUAAGGAUUUGUGCAAUAUAAUGCGUGUGAUUGGAAUACAACUGUGCCUUUUUACGUGUGCAGUGCAAAUGUGGUUCUGCUGCAAAUAAACCAUUUGUCAAAUUGGUUGUGUCGGUAUGUGGAAAUGUCAGAUGAAAAUGACAACAUGCGUGAAGGUAUCUGCGUUUGACACACCUCAGUGCGUGCGUCUGUAUGUGUGGAGAGGUUGUCUGUGUAAGUGUAUUUGCACUACUGGAAGGCAGAUGAGCAGCCCAACAGGAACGAAAUACCUUCAAUUCUGGUGUGAUAUCCCUAGUGCUACUGCAACAUACUGGAUAGUGGCCUAAAGUGUACUUGGUAAAGCUUUUUUUGCCAUAUUGAUCUGUAAAAAUCAAGCGGAAAAUGAGUGAAUUAUUGAAAAUGGGAGCGGAUCACAUUUUCCCAGUGUAAGCAAAUGUGUAAGACGUGGAAAAGUACCAAUGAAUCGAAUCAAGCAACGACAACAACAAAAAAAAGCUUCCCGAAAGAGCGAGAGAGCAUCCAAAGAGUAUCCUGUGGGGUGUUCUCUCUGUUUCCCUGGUAAUGCAAGUGUAUGCUGUGUUGCAUUCACUCCUUCUCGCCUAUUGAAGGACGCUCAGCGUGUUGUGUUGCGUGGUGGUGUGCAACCCGACACGAGAGGGCGCUGGUAAGCAACGCUGUACUGGCAGCAUAAGCUAAAAUGUGACAUUUCCAAGGGAUGUAAAGAGAACGGAAAGCACACUUGAGUUUUCGCCCGUAGCAUCAUCACUAUCACCAGUCAAGCCAGUGCAUCUUUCGCUAGUGUUCGAGUAAUAAAUCGUUUGUGUGAGGUUUUUUUUUAAAAGUUUUUUCCGCACACAAAGAAGCGAGAAGUUUAAGGAUGAAACUGCGUGUACGAUUACAAACAGUGCCAAUGGUGGAAAACUUGCACAUCGUGCAUUUGCAACCAUGAACCCGGAUCGGAUCGACCUUGCCUUGUUGGCAUAAUUGUUUACAAUGUGUUCAAUGAUAUCACCUUGGAUUGGAUGUCAAAUGAAGUGGAAACGUGAAAACAAAUGGCUGCAAUGGUUUAUAGUAAAAAUUACUGACAAAGUGUUUCAUGUUUAUAGUGGUUGGUGUAUUAUAAAAGAAAGAUGAAAAAAUAUUGGAAUGAAACAUGGUGCAUAAAAGCAUCACCGUACCGGCCAGGCAUCAUUGACCAUUCGCGCUAACAUAUAUACUCCCGGGAGGUGAAAAACAGCAACCCAAUUAAGUGCGAAAUGAAAAAAGCAGUCUACAGCACCAGUACGCUCAACCGGAAAAUCCCAGCGCAGAGACAAAAGUUCGACCAAAGUCAUCGAUGCCACGAUAGUCAUCGUCGUCGGCAGUAGCAUAGUAACGCAAACAAUCGUACCGUAAGGUCGGUGUGUGUGUGCUGGUUGGUUUGAACAAACGCACAAGCCGGACUAUGUAGAAGCAGCAACGAUGGACGAACGAUCAUUAAGUAUCACUGUUUAUGACGGUCGGGACUGAUAAAUGAUACAUACAAACACACACACGCUGAGGACGGUGUUGUGUUGCCAGUGCGAUCCGUUCAUGCAAUCAGUUCAUCCCGCUAGAAUGACCCACGGGUUGUCGGAUGUUGUGCAAAAGCCGCACCACACCAGCAGUGUAUCGUGCGAAGCACUUCCUUACCAUUGCCAGCGCAAAAGAGUCGAUCGUUUCUUAUCUGGUUGAAUGUUGACAAAAUGUUUUCCACUGUUGUGUGUAGGAGAAAGACGGUUUGCAAAGAUUAUUGCCUGACGAUUUGUAGCCAUUUCUUUGCUAGUGUAAUGGGAAAGGGCAGCGUUAUGGCGUCAAAUGAAAGGGUCGCCUUCGUGCUGAAGGUGCCACGAUGUGGUCAGUGAGUGUGGAUCGGUGUGAAUCAAUACUCGGUCAAAUGUGUGGCCGUUGCGAAAGGCAUUCCUGCUAUUAGGAUCAUCCUUUUUAGUCGCAAACUUUUCCCAUUUUCCUUCCUAUUGGUGCGGUUGAACAAUCAUAACUCUCGGUGCUAAUGAGACAAAUGUGUAAAUGUGUGUGUGGGUGUGAUGUUAUCGUGCGCGAGGAAAACCCGUUUUCCUGUGACAGUGAAGGAAAAACGAAAGGUGCAUUUCCUUAAUGAAGCCCCGUUGAACGGCGCCUAGCACAAUUGUGGUGCAAAACGCAAACACAAUUUCCACGUCAGAAAUGUUUGGCCCACUCCGGUGUGGCAGUGCAAUCAUCAAGCGAUGGUCCAACCCAGCGCAUCUGUGGCUUCAAUCGCUUUGAUGCAAUUAGUUCUAGUGCACCAAUAACGACGAGUCGAUAAAUUGCAGCCAAUUGCUGCGAUUCCACCAGCGAAGGGCAAAAAAAAUGCACUCGAACUGGAACUGUAACCUACCGCAGCGGGCUUCGGUGAGGUGCGCUAUCAUGAAACGGCAGAGAAAAAGUGUUUUUCAAUGAGACUAAGUGGGUAGUGGGGCAAAAGUGAAUAAAAACGAAUUUUCAACGAAAACGGUACCAGGGAGAGAACGAAAACGAUUUAGCUGUGCAAAAGCAUCGUCAUAAAAUGUUGUUUUUAAUGGUGUGCACCAAUGGUGCUGCAUAGUUUUCUCAAGAAACUUCCUGCCUGGGGCAAACAAAAAAUAGCACCGAUCGAGUGCAGAGUAUAUUCGUUUCGAACAGUGAAUGCCAUUAGCGAUCGAGUGGUUGGAUAGGAGGUUGGGAAAAAACAUCGUUGCAGCAGCAAAGACAGUGUGCAGAAUUUUAACGUUAACCAGAGAGUGUCCAUUCUGGAAAAAUCUUUUUAAAAAAAUCAGUGUUUUGAAGUGCAUAACGUCAGCAAAACCGGCCACUGCGCGAUAGUACGCAUGCAAUCGCUUCCGAAUAUGUUUAUUCGUUUCGUAAAGACAAAUAUCUUGGGAAAUGCGAAAACAUUAGCUAAAGUGCAAACACUGUCACCGUCGCUACAAUCGUUGCGGAUAAUUGACUCGCCAAACUGCCAUCUCAUGUUAGUUGACAGUUGAGUUAAUGUUUCAAGCGUAAAAAAACAAGCAGGAAAAAUAGUACCGUGCGAUAGUAAUCGUGUGGCACCGGCAAGACAAAAGAACAGGCGUCACUAAACCCACUUCCCGACACCGUUUCGCAGAAGGCCACCGUCCGAUUGUACAUAGUUUCGCCGUAGACACGAACGUAAAACAUUCGUGAAAUUAGAUACUAGCAGCGGAAGAAAGGGCAGCAAAAUCGUAUCGUAAAUCACGAACCUGAAUAUCGGUAAAAUGGUGUUCGUGAAAUUUCAAUACUUCUGCAUAAUUUACUUUCUGCUGGUACGCUUUCUUAACGGUGCCACAAUGGAUCUGUACAAAAAUUCACGCCUCGGCAACCGAAUAGUGCAGACACGGUACGGCCGACUGCAGGGAUUGGUGCUGCCAUUGGACGGAUACAAAUUUCUCAAACCCAUCGAAGCGUUCCUUGGUGUUCCGUACGCCACACCGCCAACUAAAAUGAACAGAUUUAGUCCAACACGUACGCCGUCACCCUGGGACGGUAUACGGAUAGCGGAUAAGUUUAGUCCGGUCUGUCCCCAGCGACUGCCGAAUGUAAAUAACGAAACAGCAGCUUUAGAUAAGAUGCCAAAAGGACGACUGGAGUACUUGAAACGUUUGCUACCUUUUUUACAGAACCAAUCGGAGGACUGUUUGUAUUUGAAUGUAUUCGCUCCAGUUCAUGCCACUCAAAGUGACAAGAAACUGCCUGUUAUAGUAUUUUUACACGGAGAAUCGUUCGAGUGGAACAGUGGCAACCCGUACGAUGGAACCGUGCUAGCCAGUUACAGUGAUUUAGUCGUAGUUACGUUAAACUAUCGGUUAGGUAUAUUGGGUUUUCUAAAUGCCAAUCCCAGUCCACAGCUGCGGGCACGCGUCGCUAACUACGGCCUGAUGGAUCAGAUGGCCGCCCUGCACUGGGUGCAACAGAACAUUGCCAAGUUCGGUGGUGAUCCGGCAACGGUAACAUUAGCCGGCCAUGGGAGUGGUGCCGCCUGCAUUAACUUUCUCAUGACCUCCCCAACGAUGGUGCCGGGACUGUUUCACCGUGCGAUCCUGCUGUCCGGUUCGGCCUACUCAUCCUGGGCCCUGGUAGAGGAUCCCGUCGUGUACGCGCUCAAGCUUGCCAAGGAAGUGAACUGCUCCAUCCCGGAAGAUCUGAUCAAAAACCAUGAACAGAUCGUCGACUGUCUGCGGGAUGUGCCGCUGGAGGAGUUGUUCGGGGCUGACAUUCAACCGCCGAGCUUUCUGAGUGCGUUCGGACCAUCGGUGGACGGUGUGGUGAUAAGACCCGGACGCUCCAAUCAGGACAUUGACGAGCUGCCGGUACGUGGCACGUCGAAACGGUCGCAAGGUGCGGCCGGACGGUACGAUCUACUGUUCGGUGUCGUUACCGGGGAAGCACUGUGGCGUUUUAGUGCGGCCGACAUACAGAGCGGGUUCGAGGGUGAUCGGCGUGACAAGAUACUGCGUACGUAUGUGCGCAACGCAUACACCUACCAUCUGAGCGAGAUCUUCUACACGGUGGUGAACGAGUACACGGACUGGGAGCGUACGGUGCAGCAUCCGAUCAAUAUGCGUGAUGCGGCCGUAUCGGCCCUAUCCGAUGCCCAGUUCGUGGCACCGCUCGUACACACCGGGGAUAUGUUGGCACCACCACCACCACUGCCCGGCCAGGAACCGUCCGGACCGAAAUGUUUCUUCUACGUGUUCGACUACCAGACGAAGGACGGUGAUUAUCCACAGCGCAUGGGUACGGUACACGGGGAAGACUUGCCGUACGUGUUCGGUGCACCGCUCGUCGAUGGAUUUAAUCAUUUCCCGCGAAACUACACCAAGUCCGAGGUGGCACUGUCCGAAGCGAUCAUGGUGUACUGGGCUAAUUUUGCACGAACCGGCAACCCUAACGAGCACCAUCGGCAGGACUCGGUACUGGCAGCGUCCCGCGAACGCAAUCGCUUCCGCAGCAUCAACUGGGAGGAGUACGAUCCGGUGCAUCAGAAAUAUCUCGAAAUUGGUAUGAAACCACGGAUGAAGAACCACUUCCGAGCGCAUCAGCUUUCGAUCUGGUUGCGGCUAAUACCGGAGCUGCACAAAGCCGGCAUGGAGGACGUGAUAGCGAGGCACAAUCUCUUCAAAAACCACGACGACAUGGACCUGUACGAAGGACUCGUCAAACCGGACUCGUUCGCCGGUCGGCUCAACUACCUGGAGGACAAUCUCAAGCGGCGAGGUAUGCUUACGGGCGGUGAACUAGGGCACGCACUGCACGCCAACGUCGUCAUGACCACGGCGGAACCAGUCCUACUAACGACCUGCAUGCCAGUCGGUAACUACAGUGCGCUGGUACCCACUGCUACCAUACUGAACGCUACCACGGACACACUAGCCGGAUUGGAAGCGGCCGGUUAUGCGGCAUACUCAACAGCGCUCAGCGUUACCAUCGCGAUCGGCUGCAGUUUGCUCAUCCUGAACGUCCUCAUCUUUGCCGGCGUCUAUUACCAGCGCGACAAGACGCGGCUCGAGGUGAAAAGCCUCCAGAAGCAGUACCAGCAGCGGGGCGGUGGACUUCAUCAGCAGGGUCCGUUCGAUCCGAUCAAGCACGCGCACUACCAUCUGGGCCAUUCGCAGUCGGCGAACGUGAUCGUGGACGUGGAGAACCACGAUACCGGUGCGCUCAUCCUAGCGGGCGACGUAAAGUCGCCACAUAUCUGUACGAACGCGAUGCAAAUCAGCGUCAUGAAGAGUGGUUCCCCCGGUGGUGUUGGCCACGGUAUGGACGGUCGUGGAAAUGGUGGUAAUGUGGGAAGUGGUGGUGGUGGCGGUGGUGGUGGUGUCGUUGGUAGUGGUGGUGGUGGUGGCGAUACCACAAGCUGUAAUGUACCGGCCCCGAACGUGACGAAGAUGCCGCUGCAACAGAACAACACCUCCUACGGUACGACGAAGCUUCCACCGCGAAGCGAACACAUCGCGAUCCCGAUUAAAAAUUCCACCUUUAUCGGUACGGGCGCUGGUACGGGUGGUGGUACAUUUGUCAGCGGCAUGAUGACACUUCCGAAGCCCAGCACACAGCAACAGCAGCAGCAACAUCAACAGCAACAUCAACAGCAACAGCAGCAGCAACACCAGCAAGUACACAUCCCGAUGAGCUACAACCGGAACGAAUGUAUGACGCUGCCGCGGAACAUUGGCGGUACCGGACUGAGUGCAAAUUCCGCCGGACCGAAUGCAGAUUUGCAGCAAAUUAAAUUACCACCAAAUGGGACCGCCAUCGGCAUCCACAUGCGGGCGUCCCAAACCUGUACGAGCGGCUCGCCGGAAAACCGUCCCCUGCACACACAGCACUCCCAGCAGCAACAAAUGGCCGCUUCGGGCCAUUCCCAUCACCAUUCACAUCACGGUCAGCACGGGCAGCAGCAGCAGCAACAUCAAGAUAGUCUAACACAAUUAAAAUCCCAAAAUCUCAAGAACAACGUCUGUCCCCCACAGUUGCCCCAUGCCGCGAUGAGCGAGAUGCGGGUCUGAUUGCAUACCGAUUGCGGUGAUUUAGUCUGAGACGAUGGUUUGCGGCUUUUCCGCUAGUGACCCGCACUGUUCGAACGAUUUUAUGCCCUACAUAGCCGGAUGUGCGCGACAAAAUGGCACAGAUAAACCCGUUGGUUCGUAUGAAACUGGCCACAAUCUGGCCGACCGGGGUUUCAAUUUUGCAUGCUGUUGUACUGAAUGCCGCCACUGAAAAGGGAUCGAUCAAGAUGGAUCAGCUCACACUGAUCUUGACGCGGGUACUAGCUCUUCCAGCAUUAUCUUUCCAAGGGUUUUUGGUGGUACGGUAUGACAAAAUGCACAACAAAAAAACUCUCACUCACACGCUUUUGCUCAUCAUCGAUCGCGUUAAUGUCCCCUUCUCUCUCCCUUCCUCCCACAUGUUUCCCAAAAAAAAACAACCCCAAACGCACUUCGCUAACUCGACAUACAUGUCACGGAGGCGGGAUUAACAUAAUUCCUUACCCUAUCAGUCAUCAACCAGUCACCAAAAACCGACCGCUUUGUGGGUGCGUAUCGCGUCAAUCAAUCAGCGUUAAGCUUUAUUUUCUUCCUUUAAUAUGUUGCCACAUAAGCUCAAUUCCCGUACAGACCGUAGCCACGACUACUUACCCUAAUUGAUUUUUUUUGUUAACUCUACUAUAUAUUGAGUUAUUUUAUUUACUUACUCACUUAUAUGCUUAUAAAACAACAACAACAAAAAUCAAUAACAUGGUACACAUGCAUUAGUUUUACGUUUCUGUGUUUUGUAGGAUGGACUGAUGGUACACAUCGAUCAACUAUUUACGUUUUAAACUUCCCUCGAAAGCUCUCCAAACUUCGCCACUUAAAACUUGUCACUUUUCGUAAACACCUACACUGUGCGGAAGCUUUUCCGCACAUAAUUUGACGGAAAGUUUCAAAAGUCUCUCACACACAACACUCUUCAAACGGGAUGUCAAUUUUCAGUCGAAGAGUGAAUGUAAAGACAAACCGUAAGUAGUUGCUUUCUCGCAUAACAAAUUGAUAAUUGAUUUUGUCAACAUUUUACAUUUUCCAAUGAAUUCCUUCGACAUGGUUAAAAGAGUUUUACCUAUUUUCAAAACUAGCUUGUUUAAGGUUUUAUUCUUUUAUUUUUUGGCAGUUGAAAACAAUUUUUUGUAUGAAUGACAUUAAAUUUUUAUAAUUGAAAUUAGUUUAAAUUCCUUAAAUAAAAUUUACUCACUUAAAUUUAUACAAGUUAAAAGUUUUAUUUUAUUUACAAAAAAAAAUCUAGCAAUAAAUUGAAACACUUAAGCCAAUCAAUAGCAUAAUCAGAGGAAGCUACUAACAAUGCAACAUCGCAAAUAGCAGCUAAUUCAUUUUCAAUCAAAUAGUAACACUGAAUACAUUGAUUAAAUCAACCAAGCUGAAACAAACACUUGAUUCGCCCACACGACACAUGGCGCUUAUUACAUGUACCUUUUGUUUUUUUGUACACCCUUUAUAAUGUGAAACAUUAUACAAAACACUAUCCCAUUUCCUAUCCACUUUGUGUAACAUUGAUAUGUAACGCAAUACACAAAAAGCCGUUUCCCGAUUGUGAGAUAAAAUGUUUGAGCAAAAAAUAAAAAAAAGUCACAUGCAAUCAAAAUCGAAUCAGAGAAUCACGUCGACCGUGCGUUUGCCACAUAUGACCAAUGGGCAAGAGCAACAUUUGCACAACAUUUUCAAACCGAGUGUUGGUAAGAGCAAACAGAACAGUAACCACAGACAAACAAAAACCGUUGUACAUUGUAAUGUGUAGGAUAAUUCUUCAACUAACUUCAUCCCUUGAUGCGCACGCAACACGUCAAAAGUAGGGCUUUUGACAACAACAAAAAAAACGCACCGAACAGGAUUGAUACGACAGUUGUUAAUUUACACUAUAGUAUAGAUUAAACAAAAAAAAACAAGGGUAACCAUUAUACAUACCUUCAUGGCGUCGACCAUUCGGGCACCGUCGUCGCCCAUCAUCGUUAACACGGCAUCGUCACGGUCUGAAACGGUAAUGAUGGAAAAAAAAAGUUGGGUGAAAAGAAUGUUUUAUUUCCAUCACGAUGUACACAUCACUAGUGCUGUUCGUUUCACAAAGGUUAGACAUGUGUUGCAGCAAUGCUGAUACGAUACGGUAGUAAACGAUUUAUACCUGUACAAAUAUGAAGCUUCAAGGAAAGUUAAAUAUACAACAGGGACCGAAGCUCCUAAACCGACUAGCCCAUGAACCCAUCACAGCGUUCAAUGUUACUUCAAAACUUACACAUUAAGCUGGGAAACAAACACUUACAUCGGAACACAUAAUGGCCAGCAAAUUUGGACUUGCGACCAAAGUUUGCUGGAGCCAAAAUGUUACCAAUUCCAUACAACGUCAUACGAAAACUACCGAGAACUACCGUGAGACAUGGGAGCAUAAGACUUUUAAAGGCAACACGCAUAGAUACCCCAGCCCAGUGUUUCCUGUUCGAUCCGAGGAGAAGAAAAUAAGGGACGGGGCUACAGAUAGGAUAUUUCAAAAACAAAAUACGGAAAACGUAAACAAGAAAUUUAAGACAAAUUCAAUGAAACAAUGGUUAGCAAACGAAAACGAGAGUACACGGAAGCGCAAAAUGUUGCGUGUGUGUUUUUGGCAACAAAUUACGAACGUAACUAUAGUGAAUCAAUGUAACACAACAGAAUGGCAGAAGGGCAGAAGGUGAGUUGUAAAAUAUGAUGUAAGUAAAUAUUAAUACCCGUACACGAUGGGUCAAACCAAACCAGAUUCGAAUAAACUAUGUAAACGAAUAUUAA